AUGAACACAAUCGCAACACCAUCAACCUCAUGUUGUCAUACUUUAUCAACUCACGUAAAACCGAGCAGUACACUGAAGGGUACCGUUCAAAACUGUACUCUGGAAAGCGCAAUUUCUUCAAUACAUUCACCUUCGGGAAAGGAUAAAAUACAAUUUGUAAACUUUCCGAAAGGUUGGGAUGAAUCUCAAAUGUCCUUGUACUACAAUUUACUUCUCAAGCAAUGUCCUAAAUGUCAUCAUCGGGAGCAACAUGCGUCAACAAAGCACACUAAGAAGGAGGAGGAGCCUUUACGAAGCGAAAUUAUUAAUGAUUGCAUUAAACCUCCUAUCCCUCGAGUAAAUGCUGUAUCUAAUGGUGUGUCUUAUCGAACGCUUCCAAAGGCAACAUGUGACGACAUUGUUCAAGUGUGUAACUUCUAUCUUGAGAAAUCAAAAGGGAAAUAUAGUGAAAAAACACGAGCAUAUAGGCACCUCGUUGAAAUGGCAGACGAAAUUAAAAAAUUAACAGAGAUGAUUAAAACGGAAUUCGCUAAUGAAUAUUCCAAGCAGAGAUCUCAAAUUAUACACCUUAAUAAGGUUUGUGAGGAGUGGAACAAACAUUUCGGCAACUCUAGUAAUGACAAGUACAGUAAAGCAACACCGAAAGACCUUCGAUACAUUAUUGACAAGCUCGAGCAUGACGUGAAAAAGUUGGAGUAUGAAUUGAAAGAAGAAAGGCUCAAACACUAUGACCAGGAAAGAAAACUUCACCAAAUGAUCAAUGAGCAUUAUGAAGCGACGCGUAGAUCUGUGAGAAGACUUAGUAGAGCGGCUCCUCGAAGAAAAUAG